AUGUCGCAACUUCGACGCGAACUCCAGGAGCUAGAGCAGGAAGCGGAGAAGGACAUGAAGCUGGAAAGCCAGGACCCCGAACUAGAAGCACGGAUGCUCAGCGAAGAGAUCAUUGACGAAUUCUUUCAAGCUCUGCAAGCCCCUGAAGAACCGAAGGUAGACGACUUGCGUACCCACUCCAAUCUGCAGCUGUCAAGAGCUCGUGCGGCGGUCGGUCAUGCACCGGCACUGUUCUCCCCGGUAUUCCGCAAAGAUGUUUCCAACAAAAAUCACUCGGCUCUUCAGGCACAGCGCUUGGAAACCCUCUUGGCUCGACUCAAUGAUGCUGAGCCUAGGCAUCAGCAGUUCGAACUGGGUCUGCCAAGACCGCUCCCGCUGCAGAGUCUUCGGAGUGAUAAUGAGCAGCCUGGCCAGCAGCCGAAAGCAGAUAAUUUGGAAGAAACGCCACAGAUGCAGUCUUCCGAACACAUCUUGGCCAACGCAAAUGUUGAAGCGCUUAGCGAAGCUAUUUCAGAGGACUCGCUUCUCAAAGGAGACAUCACAGUGCCAGAGCUGGCAUCGAUGGCGACUGCAGCUGUCUUGCAGGGUCGUUUUGAAGUCUUUACCAAAGCUCUCAACUAUGCGGACCGGUUCGACAGCAUCAAGUCUUCUGGAACAGCUCAAAUCCAAGUAGUUGAAACCGCUGUCAAAAGCCUUUCCCAUUAUGGUCAUGCAGAUGCACUCAUGCGGGUUCUGGAAGAAGUCAAUCAUCGUGACCUGAGCAUGACAAGUGAGAUGAGACACUCAUUUGUGUCGCUGUUCAUCCGUCAAGGAGAUCUUCCAAAAGCAGCAUCCACCCUGCGUGCAUUUGAGCCAGACGUACCAGCUCCGAUCAAGACGUAUUCUGCAUUAAUUCGUCGCUUGCUGCGAGCCCAAGAGCCAUGGAGCCACGAAGAAGCCUGGUCCCUGUUCUACCACAUGCGGCUUGUGGCACAUCCUGUUCCCGACUCACAGCUCUACACGGUCAUGAUCAAUGCAUGUUCUGCUGGACGCCUUCCAAAAAAUGCGGCGACUCGUCGAGGUCAAAGUGAAGGCGAACGGGCCUUGGAUUUGUUUCGCGAAUUGACUGUCGCGUACCAGAUUCGCCCAAGCGUCGAGGCCUUCAAUGCAACAAUUUUGGCGUGUGCGAAAAGUCCAUACCUUUACAAUGAGGCUAUUCAACUAUUCAGACAAAUGCUAAAACUCCAAGGCUCGGGAUCAGACCACUACAUUCCAGAUCAGGAUGCCUUCAACGCUCUGCUGGCCGGAUGUGCACGAAAGGGGGACCUGGGUCGAGCGAAAUGGAUUCUGAGCGAAAUGCUUCGCUUGGCUCGAGCAUUUGCAGAAGAUGUUCAGAAGCAAGAUGCGAACUACCAUCUGGUGCAGGUUCUGGCGCGCCUGCCAGACGAGCGGACUCUCGCGCUGCUCUUCUCGACAUACGCGGCUUAUAAGCCUCCGCUGACGCAAGCAAAGAUCCGUCAAUCAGAUCACCCUAUGUCUAAGCCACACAACGUGGAGAUUGAGCAUUCUGCGACUUCAGGCUCUUUGAGCCAAGUGGUGCUUUCACGGGUACAUGCAGAGACAUCUAGGGAGGACCUGUCGGCCUUCGAUGCUUCAACGCAAGCACCAAGCUCAACGUCCGCACUACCUCAGACAUCUCGUGAUGUUGUCUCUGAAGUUAGCAGGCUUUUCGAGUCUGUCUUGAAAGCAAUUGAAAGACUACGAUCAGAGCAGACGACUACCUUUGAUGUGUGGAUGAAAGUUCGGCCAUCUGUCGCGCUCGUCAACGCAUACUUGAAAGUUCUAGCCCGACAUCUACCUCGCUCACAACGACUGGUCACAGUCAAUGCCGCGAUCACUGGUACCGGUGAUGAUAAUGAAAGUUUCUUCAUCCGAUUGGGCUUGUCACCGAAUUCCUCGACACUGGAGCUGGUUCUGAAGCUCUGCUGCGCCGAGCCUGAUCGCACGCUUGCGGACAAGGUGGCCAACGAUCUGUGGGCAAAGCAUUCCAACUGGAUCAUGAGCAAUGCUGAAGGAUGGAAAGCGUGGUGCACUUACAUCAAUGGUCUAGCAAAGUCGCAUCACUUGCAGGCGGCCGUCAGCGAGCUCAAGAGGCUCAUUUCAGCACACCCCCCUAUCAACAAGCUCUACUUGCAGACUCGUCGCCCCAGCAACGCUCAAUGCCAAGCCCUCUUGUAUGACAUCGAGACUUCAGCAUAUCCCGCACUGACAUUCCAUCACGUGGACGUGCUACAUCAUCGGCUUGUGGAUGCCAAUGACCAGAAGGGACUGGCUGUCGUAGCCUGGGCACUGCAUGCAUACGGCAACCAAGCUAAAUUCUUGGAGUCAGUUAUGCUACAAGACUGUGAUCACGCACGUAGCCUGAAGUCAGGCUGUCUGCCUGGAUCUCUGGCAAGUGCAAGCGUGCAAGACACAGCAUGUAUCACAUAG